GCUAUCUAAAACCCGUGUCGUCCUGAAGUGUAUUACCGUGUUGUGCAUAUGCCCUCUCACAGAGCGUAACUGUAGUGCUACUUAACUUUUCCAGAUAUGAACCGAAAAAUCAUGCACGCCACAAAAAACGCAGACUGAAUACUGCAUUUCUUUUUACAGGUCAACUCAAUAGCCUUUCUCUACUAGCAGGGUUGGCACAGGUUUCCAGUUGGAAAGUGUUCCCUAGAGCUGCUACCUGCCUUGAGACUUGUAAAGAAGAAUCCUUGGUUAUUAACCAAGGGUGGAAGAGAGGAAAAACGGGGCGAGGGGAGAAGGGAAGGAAAGCAACGGUGUGAAUGAAUAGAGGGAGGGAAGGGACAAAAGAGGGAUAGUAGUAGUGAGAGGGAGGGAAGGGGCAAAAAAGGGAUAGACGGAGUGAGUGUAAAGAGUGAUUUAGCUUGGACAAAAAAAAAUUGAGGAAAAUGGAAAGAGGGAAUAAAAGUGUGGGUUGAGAAAGAGGAGCGCUUGUAUGUGAAGAAGUGGUAGUGGACAACAAAGUUUGGGUUAAGAAAAGCAAAGAGAAAGAGCAUUACUAAUUACCCUGAACUCAUGCUUCCUGUCACAGAGGUGUUCCCUUCCCCAGGCAGUGGUGGCCGCGACGAUGGGGCUCGUCUCUUCCAACACACAACUUAACAACGCAGGAGAGUUCGUCCCGGUGGUUCUACCACCUGUCUACAACGCCGGCAAACCCCCACCCACACCCGUCUACCACGCACCUUACCGUCCACCCACACCUGUCUACCACCCACCUUACCGUCCACCCACACCUGUCUACCACCCACCUUACCGUCCACCCACACCCACCAAAAAAUUAAUCCCACAAACUCCAUCAACAUCACCCACCCAUCAUCUCAAUACACAACCCAUGACCCACAUUCUCGCGACGCCCCCAAACCUUACACCCAUUUUUCCCUUCACGUUGGAACCCAUCUUCGGUUCCACCCCAGCAUCCUUUCAUCGGCAUCCUGCAAUCAAAGUCCCACACACCUUCCCAAAUCAUACGAGGAUUAAAACCACUGUCAAGCCUCCUGUUGGCCACAAACCUCAAGGGGCCCAUAAGAUUUUAACGACACACAAUCCUCCAGAGGAAUACUCACUCCCAAUAUCUCUCACAAUUCCAGAAACGCAAGAUGCUGAAGUGUUGGACGAGUACAACAACGAGGUAUGGAACAAUGACUGGUCCAUGAAGGUUAGCAGACUGACAGACGUCUAGUUACACGCAGCUUCGCACUGCACGCUCAUGAAUGGGAUAAAUGUUAUUAGCCGAUUCAUUUUUAAGAACAAAAAGGCACAACACCGUCACUGGAACAAUACACAAAAAGAAGCGCUAAAAUAUGAGAGAGAAGCUUAUGACGACGUUUCGGUCCGACUUGGACCAUUUACAGCGUCGCCAUAACCUUCUAUAUCUGAUGUGUGGGUUAUUUGUGUGUACCGAUUCAUAUUCAUUCCGACAUGCUAAUUUCCACGUUACUGUUGUAGCAGAAGUACCUGAAAUGUGUCGACUGUUUUAUCUGAUUAAA